AGUUUGCAGACAGACUGAGCAAGUGGAUUGCUAGCGAAGCGAUCGACGGCGGAUAUUUCUGAGGAAACUGAACAGUUCAACUUCACACAAAUGGAUAUUUACGUGGCUUUGUUAUCGGUAGUGCUCAUUGCGAAACCAGUUAUCGGCUUUGGAAUAGAUCCCGACUACCAGAUAGAUAUCAUCAAUGAACUUGACUUCGCAAAUGCAAUUUAUGGAAUUACCCAAGUGGCAGGGCUUCACAACAAUAGCAAAGCCUUCUUAUUUCGAGAUGUGGGGAGAGCAGUCCACGCGCCCGCCCACAUCACAGAGAAGGUGGUGGAGCUCUUCAGGAGUAAAAGUGAAUUUACCUUCCUGGCUUCCAUCCAGCAGAAGACCUCCACGUCAGGAGUCAUCUUCUCCAUCCAUGAAUCUGAACACAGUUACUUUGAGCUGGAGAGCAGUGGGCUGAGGGAGGAGAUCCGCUACCACUACCGCUACAAAGGCAAGCCUCGCUCAGAGUCCUUCCCCUACCGACUAGCCGAUGGCCAGUGGCACAAGAUAGCCCUUUCCAUCAGCGCUACACACCUAUUGCUGCAUGUCGACUGCAACAGGAUUUAUGAGCGAGUGAUAGACCCACCUCAGAUGGAUCUGACCCUUGGCAGUGGAGUGUGGCUGGGUCAGCAUAGCCACAAGCACGGCCUCUUCAAGGGUACCAUUCAGGACGUCAAAUUCAUUUUUGCUCCAAACGGCUACAUCACACAAUGUCCCAACCUCAAUCGCAGCUGUCCGACAUGCAGUGAUUUCCUGAGCCUGGUGCAAGGCAUCAUGGACCUUCAGGAGCUGCUGGCCAAGAUGACCCUAAAGCUGAACUACGCAGAGUCCAGGCUGACCCAGCUGGAGUCCUGCCGCUGUGAGAGAACGUGCAGUGCCAACGGUGUGGUCUACAGAGACAAGGAGCUAUGGGUGGAGCCAGAGAACUGCAGGAACUGCGGCUGCAUGAACGGAGUAGUGGAGUGUCGCAGGAUAUUCUGUCCCCCAGCCAACUGCUCAGAGGACUCUCUCUCCGUGCAUGUGGAGGGCACCUGCUGCAAGAAAUGCCGACCAAAAUGCACCUACAUGGCCCAGACUUUGUCAGAGGGCCAGCGUCUGCUAACGAAGAGGUGCACAGAAUGCAAGAACGGGAUGAUGGUGAGAGUGACAGAGAACUGUCCAGAGCUCAACUGCACCCUCAAGGAACAGAUCCUACCUGAAAACAGGUGCUGUAACAUCUGCAAAGGCUACGACUUCUGCGCAGAGGGACUCAUUUGUGGGGAAAAUUCGGAGUGUAAAAACCGGAAUACCAGAGCUGAGUGUGAGUGCAAGAGCGGCUUUGCCUCCAUCCAUGGGGACUCCACAUACUGUGAAGAUAUCGAUGAGUGUGUCACCCAGAUGCACUACUGCCAGGCUAACACGGCGUGUGUGAACCUACUCGGCAGCCAUCGCUGUGACUGUCUACCUGGCUUCAUCAGAGUGGAUGACUAUUCCUGCACAGAACAUGACGAGUGUGCCAGUGGGCAGAGCUCCUGUGAUGACAAUGCCAUCUGCACCAACACCAUCAGAGGCCACCUGUGCUCCUGUAAGCCUGGCUAUGUGGGGAACGGCUCCAUCUGCAUAGCAUUCUGUGAGGAGGGGUGUAGAAGCGGAGGUACCUGUGUGUCGCCCAACACCUGCGUCUGCCCCUCAGGCUUCACAGGACUCCACUGUGAGACAGACAUUGACGAGUGUGCGGAGGUCCUGAUCCAGUGCCACAUUCACUCCCGCUGUGUCAACCUGCCAGGCUGGUACCACUGUGAGUGCAGGAACGGUUUCCAUGACAAUGGCUCCUACCUGAUCGACGGGAGUUCCUGCAUCGACAUUGACGAGUGUGCCACGCAGACACACACCUGCUGGAACGACAGUGUGUGUGUGAACCUUCCAGGUGGUUUUGACUGUAUGUGCACAUCUGGACCGGCCUGCAGUGGAGACUGUCUUUACGAGGAGGGCCUCAAACACAACGGACAGAAGUGGAACCACAGCCUGGACCACUGCUCCCUCUGCUCCUGCAAGGAUGGGCGCACCUUCUGCAUGAGGAGAGAGUGUCAUUGUGCGGACCCCGAGACAGACCUGUUCUGCUGUCCUGAGUGUGACUCCAGAAAGUCCAGCCAAUGUCUGCACCAGAGUGGACACAUACUGUACCGCAGCAGAGACUCCUGGAUCUACAGUUGCCAGCAGUGCCGCUGCCUGGAGGGAAAGGUGGACUGCUGGCCCCUGGCGUGUCCAGUGUUGGCGUGCAAAUACUCUGCCUUGGUGGAGGGCGAAUGUUGCCCGCACUGCGUCACUGACCCCUGCCUGGCGGACAAUAUCGCCAACGACAUCAGGCAGACCUGCCAGGACCCUGCUGGCAUCACCCGCCUCAGUAGUGCCACGUGGCCCAUGCCAGGGUCACCCUGCACCACCUGCAAGUGCAAGAAUGGAAGUGUGUGUUGCUCGGUGGAGCUGGACUGCCUUCAGAACAACUAAGCACUCCUCUUUCGGAUGCCGUACUCCUCUCCUCCACUCCAAUCGUUCCAUUCCGCCGAUCCAAGACGGGUCAUACUGUUUGAAGACCCUACCUUUGGACCUUUUACCACACAACACACACAUACAUACGCACACACACACACACACACACUCUGCCUGGGUUAGGGAAGUGGCUAGAGCUGUGCGUUCACACUGGAUCUUAAAGUCACAAUGUAUUGCUGACAGACGGAGAGAUGGAGUUUGUGUCUGCUUAACAACUACAGGACAAGACCAACCUACAUAUAACCGUUUCCCCCCUACUUGCACCCUUAUACGUGUGUGUCCUGUAUGUUUGUGUGUGUGAGUGUGUAUACCAGAGAUUCCAAAACUUUUUUGGCACCAUGUAAAAAAUGUAUAAUCAAGGGACAGUGUUUUUUUAUUGGGGCUAUGACAGUCUAUUAGAAAUUAGUCUGACUGUGCUCUUGACAGUAUUUCAAUGUGAAGGAAGUAUGGUUUGAAGUGACGGAAAUGCAUCAGAAAUGUGUUGGGAAGUACAAAAGAUCAUCAGGCAAUGAUCUUGUUUGAUCUUCUGUGUAGAAAAGAGCAUCAUUGUUGAUGAUGCUCUUUUCCCCCAGUCUAUAUUAGUGCCUGGUCUUGUCUAAUGAGUCCUGUGCAAUAUGUAGAAGGAGACAGAAGACACAUGCGUGUUUCUGAGAAUCGUUUGAUGGGAUCAUAAUAUUUGUAGCUUAAAUGGAUCAAAAGAUAGCCACAUUUGUAGGAAGAAAACAGAAACUGCUGUGUUUUUUGCAUCGAGGGGCUACCAAAGCAAUAUUUUCCCGCAGAGUUUAUCUCAAAUCAAAUCCAAUUUUAUUGGUCGCGUACACAUAUUUUGCAGAUGUUAUCACAGGUGCAGUGAAAUGCUUUAUGUUUCUAGCUCCAACAGUGAAGUAAAACCUAACAAUACAAAAUAAUACACACAAAUCCCCCCAAAAAUGUAAAGAAAGAAAGUAAGAAAUAUCAAGGUCAGAGUCUGGAAUAUAAAUGUAUAUAGUGGUGUAUUUAGACAUUAUAGACCGUAUAUGAAUAGAACAGGUAGUAGUUAUAUAGGAUGAGCCUUGACUAAAAUCGAGUAUAUACUUUCUUUACUUUUUAAUCAAACCUUUCUUUCACUAGGCAAGUCAGUUAAUAAAAUAGGGGGCACUAUUUUAUUUUUUGGAAAAAUAACGUUCCCAAAGUAAACGGGCUAUUUUGUCAGGACAAGAUGCUAGAAUAUGCAUAUACUUGACAGCUUAGGAUAGAAAACACUCUAAAGUUUCCAAAACUGCAAAAAUAUUGUCUGUGAGUAUAACAUAACUGAUAUUGCAGGCAAAAGCCUGAGAAAAAUCCAAUCAGGAAGGGACUCUUAUUUAGAAAGCUCUGAGUUCCUAUGCGUGUUUUGUGCGUAAAAGACAAAUGCGGCCAUUGUUUCUCUCUUUCCUACUAAGAAGCCACCUGUCCCGGUUGAUAUAUUAUCGAAUAGAUAUUUGAAAAACACCUUGAGGAUUGAUUAUAAAAAACGUUUGCCAUGUUUCUGUCGAUAUUAUGGAUCUAAUUUGGUAUAUAUUUCGGCGUUGUCGUGACCGCAGUUUCUGGUGGAUUUCUCAACCAAACGUGAAGUACAAACGGAGGUGUUUCGGCUAUAAAAAUUAUCUUUAUGGGACAAAAUGAACAUUUGCUGUCUAACUGGGAGUCUCGUGAGUGAAAACAUCCGAAGCUCAUCAAAGGUAAACGAUUUAAUUUGAUUGCUUUUCUGAUUUUCGUGACCAAGCUGCCUGCUGCUAGCUAGGCAUAAUGCUAUGCUAGGCUAUCGAUAAACUUACACAAAUGCUUGUCUUGCUUUGAUUAACAAAAGGCUAAGCCGUGUUUCAAUAUAUUUCACUUGUGAUUUCAUGAAUAUGAAUAUUUUCUAGUAAUAUUUUUAGUCCGUUGCGUUAUGCUAAUUAGUGUCAGUUGAUGACAAUUCUCCUGGAUCCGGGAGAGGGAGUUCCAAGCGGUUGAACAAAUUCUUAUUUACAAUGACGGACUAUCAAAAGGCCUCCUGCAAGGACAAAACACAUGAGAGACAACACAACACUACAAAGAGAGACCUAAGACAUCAACAUAGCACGGUAGCAACACAACAUGACAACAACACAACAUGGUAGCAGCACUAAACAUGGUACAAACAUUAUUGGACACAGACAACAGCACAAAGGGCAAGAAGUUAGAGACAACAAUGCAUCACGAAAAGCAGCCACAACUGUCAGUAAGUGUCAAUGAUUGAGUCUUUGAAUGAACAGAUACAACUGUCCAGUUUGAGUGUUUGUUGCAGCUCAUUCCAGUCGCUAGCUGCAGAGGAAAUGAAAAGAGGAGCGACCCAGGGACGUGUGUGCUUUGGGGACCUUUAACAAAAUGUGACUGGCAGAAUGGGUUUUGUAUGUGGAGGAUGAGGGCUGCAGUAGAUAUCUCAGAUAGGGGGGAGAGAGGCCUAAGAAGGUUUCAUAAAUAAGCAUCAACCAGUGGGUCUUGUGAAGGGUAUACAGAGAUUACCAGUUUACAGAGGAGUAUAGAGUGCAGUGAUGUGUCCUAUAAGGAGCAUUGGUGGCAAAUCUGAUGGCUGAAUGGUAAAGAACAUCUAGCCACUGGAGAGCACCCUUACCUGCUGAUCUAUAAAUUAAGUCUCUAAUCUAGUGUGGGUAAAAUGGUAAUCUGAAACGGUUAGUUUGGCAGCUGGGGUGAAAGAGGAGCGAUUAUGAUAGAGGACACCAAGUCUAGAUUUAACUUUAGCCUGCAACUUUGAUAUGUGCUGAGAGAAGGACAGUGUACCAUCUAGCCAUACUCCCAAGUAUUUGUAUGAGGUGACUAACUCAAGCUCUAAACCCUCAGAGGUAGUAAUCACACCUGUGGGGAGAGGGGCAUUCUUCUUACCACACCACAUGACCUUUGUUUUGCAGGUGUUCAGAACAAGGUUAAGGGCAGAGAAAACUUGUUGGACACUAAGAAAGCUUUGUUGUAGAGCAUUUAACACAAUAUCUGGGAAGGAGCCAGCUGAGUACAAGACUAUCAUCUGCAUAUAAAUGGAUGAGAGAGCUUCCUACUGCCUGAGCUAUGUUUUUGAUGUAAAUUGAGAAGAGCGUGGGGCCUAGGAUCGAGCCUUGGAGUACUCCCUUGGUGACAGGCAGUGGCUGAGACAGCAGAUGUUCUGACUUUAUACACUACAGUCUUUGAAAGAGGUAGUUAGCAAACCAGGCCAAAGACCCCUCAGAGACACCAAUACUCCUUAGCCGGCCCGCAAGAAUGGAAUUGUCUACUGUAUCAACAGCUUUGGCCAAGUAAAUAAAAUAGCAGCACAACAUUGCUUAGAAUCAAGGGAAAUGGUGACAUAAUUUAGGACCUUUAAGGUUUGAGUGACAGAUCCAUAACCUGAGCGGAAACCAGAUAGCAUACCAAAGAGAAUACUAUAGACAUCAAGAAAUCCAGUCAGUUGAUUAUUGACAAGUUUUUCCAACUUUCCAUUGGGGCUAGUCGCAUUGGAAGGGUGGGAGAUGGGGAACUUUUUUUGACGGGCAAGGAGUCAUGGCUGAGUCAAAUAGGAAUCCUGACUUAUGAAGGGGUGAUUAAAGAGCUCAGCCAUGUGCUUCUUGUCAGUAACAACCACAUCAUCAACAUUAAGGGACAUGGGCAGCUGUGAGGUUUCCAGAACUUCUUGGGAUUAUACCCACAAAGAGAGAACUGCUCUUUAAAGUAAGCAAUUGUUUGGGGACAGUCUUGGUGGAGACAACUGAGCACUGAAGGUGAUCCUUGGUAAAGAUUGCCACUUCCCCACCUUUGGUAGAUCUGUCUUGCCGAAAAAGGUUAUAACCAGAAAUGUUAACAUCAGUAUUCAAAACACUCUUCCUUAACCACGUCUCAGUAAUGAACAACACAUCUGGAUUGAACUGUGAACCCACACUUUCAAUUGAUCCAUUUUAUGUAAUGAGCUUCUAGUGUUAACAUGCAAGCCAGGCUUUUACGAUAUCAGAAAUCAGUGAUGCAGAUAUCAGAGCACAAGUCAGAAUUGGGGCUAACAACAGUAGAUAGACCAGGGUGUACAUGCACAUUUCCAGAUAUCAUCAACAGUAAUACAAUCAAGACAUGGCAGAGGACAGGGAGAGCUCUGCAGUGUUGAUUUAUGACAUUUGAAUGUGCAUUAGAUGGCAACAAGAUCAUAAUGUAUAGCAAUUUCAUCAGGUAACAUGAAUGCAAAGCCGGUGAGAGGUGGUUAGAAUAGAUUGAGGCUAAAAGUCUGUGUAGCCAAUAGAGUCAGAGUCCCAAGUCUGUCCCACGGUUGGGUAAACAGGAAAGUUCAUAGUCAACCAAUUCAGGAAUCAUGAGGCAAAUAGCAAAAUAGCGACUUGGGGCUAGCCAUUGUAAGUUCAGAGUCACUCACCCAAACAGUGCGUGUGUACUGGAGGUGAGCGAAAGCUCGGGAGAGGGGGGAGUGUGGUGGGGGUACAUGUACCAGACAGGGGGAGACAAGCCAGGGCAGACAGUGAACAGAUUGUCAGCUGGAAUCCAGGCAAUGGGAGUAGGUGUCACACCCACUUGGGAGAAUAUAUCAUUAUAAUGUACUUUAUUUUACAUUUUUCUUCUUCUUGGCUUUCAAAAUAGCAUCAGACCAAACAUUACUCACUCAGAUCCACGCCAGAGCACUCUCUGUAUAGUUUGAAAAAAAGGAAUCAUUGGUAGUAGUAAUCCUUCCAGGUAAUUUUGUCCAAAAUUAGGUUGUAGGUUUGGCGUUUUGAUCUGAAGGGAAGGUUAUGCUGUGGAGGGCAUAUGAAGUGGGUAAAAUGGUAUGUAAACAUUAUUAAAGGGACCAGUGUUCGAUGACUAUAUACAUAGAGCAGCAAUACGUAUCUAAGGUGCAGGUAGAGUACCAGGUGGUAGCCGGCUAGUAACAAUGACUAAGGUGCAGAAUACUGGGUGGAGUUGACUAUUUAACAGUCUGACAGCCUGGAGGUAGAAGCUAUUUUUCAGUCUCUGGGCCCCAGCUUUGAUGCACCUUUACUGUCUACGUCUUCUGGAUGGCAGCGGGGUGAACAUGCCGUGGCUCGGGUGGCCCUUGAUGAUCUUAUUGGCAUUCCUGUGACACCGGGUGCUGUAGAUGUCCUGGGUGGCAGGCAGUGUGCCCCUGGUGAUGCGUUGCCCUGAUCGCACCACCCUCUGAAGAGCCCUGCGAUUACGUUAAGGGGGAGAUUAUUUUUCUGGCACCAGUACGCCAGGGCCCUCACCUUCUCCCUUUAGGCCGUCUCAUCAUUGUUGGCGAAGCAAGUGGGACAACAGAUGGGGAUAGAGAGAUUGAAUAUGUCCAUAAACACUUUAGCCAGCUGGUCUGCACGCACGGCUAGGGAUGCCGUUUGGGCCGGCAGCCUUGCGAGGGUUAACACACUUAAAUGUCUUACUCACGUCAGCCAUAGAGAACGAGAGCUCACAGUCCUUGUGUUUUCCUCGAAGUGGGAAAAGAAGGUGUUUAGCUUGUGACUCCACUUUCUACAUGUAACGUUGUUUUGCAUCUUUGAUAACCUUACGGGGGCAUAGCUGGUCUGUUUAUACACCUUCAUGUUCCCAGUCACCUUGCCGUGGUUAAAUGCUGUUGUUCGCACUUUCAGUUUUGCAUGAAUGCUUCCAUCUAUCCACGUUUUUUGGUUUGGAUAAGUUCUAAUCGUCAUAGUGGGAACAACAUGCACUUCAUGAUGAACUCACCAAGAACAGUUUUACUAUUCUCAGAGGCAACCCGGAACAUUUCCCAGUCCGCGUGAUUAAAACAAUAUUGAAGCAUAGAUUCCAAUUGGUCAGACCAAUGUUGAACCUAUGUUACCAUGGGUGGUUCCCAUUUAAGUUUCUGCCUAUAGGAGGGGAAGAGCAUUGAGGUGUGAUCUGAUUUGCCGAAGGGAGAGAGUACUCGAUUAAGUGAGUAGCACAGAAGAUGUGUUGAUAGAACUUUGGUAGUGUUUUCUUCAGAUUUUCUUUAAUAAAGGCCACAGCUACAAUAAAUGUGGCCGGGGGAUAUGUGGUUCCCAGUUUGCAAAACAUCCAGUGGAGUUCCUUGACAGCUGUCGCAGGGUCUGCUUGGGGGAAUAUACACGGCCGGGAGGUAAUGAAGUCGGUAUUUGAAGGUGAGGUGUUCAGAUUUGGAGAUUAGGAGAUUAGAGAGGAGAGAGUGCACCUGAUUCUAAUAAUUUGCUGGUUGAUAAGCUGAAUAAAGUUAGUUAUAACUGGGGUUGAAGUCGAAAGCCUACAGGAGGGUAGCUCUGCAGGAACAGGGUUGGACAGCCCUGCUCUACUACAGUAUAUCGAUAUAUUUUUUCCCCCCAUCCCUACUAUUCACCCGGUGUAACAGUGUCCCUCUCUUCCCUCUCAUUCCCCCACCUUUCACAUGUUUUAGGUUCUACAAGGAGUAUACAUGAAGUUUUGUUUGUCAUGGAUGUGGACUUUCCCUGUCUUUGCGCUAUAACGAGAUGCACAUUUAUGGUUGACAUUUUAGCAGUGUAAAAAACACAGCGCUAUUGUCAAUUGUCAAAAAAACACCCGCCUCGCAGAUACUAUGUGCGGCAUUGCAACUGCAUGAUGAAUAAACAAUCAGCACAAACAUUGCAGAAGAAAGGUUUUUAAAUGUAUUCAUUGAAAAUGUCAAAGUCACACUAACUUGAUGGUUGUUUGGCAUUUACAAAAUGGUACCCUUUGUACCAACCACAAUAUCUAUGUUUUUUCAUUUUGUUGUUGGUCUUAAUUUGCACAGGGUGUGUUGUUUCUGAUAGAAUGCUUUGUGAACAUUAUAAACCACCUCACAAUCCCAAUCACACCAGUCCUGGCCUCUUGUACAAAUUAAAAUAUAAACUGUGAAAGGAAUACACAAGGAAAUGUGGAAACUUGGAAAGUGAAUAUU